AUGAUCCGUUGGUAUGGACCUGAGCGUUUCAACGAGCUUUGGGGUUUUCUGUCAACUGGAUUUCCAAAGGAACUCCUGGAUCAAGAAUCAGCAAAACAGUUCCCCACGGGGUGUGAAGAUGAUCCAACGACACCGGACAGCCCAGGGAAGCUCGCGGAGCUUCAGCAUGAGCUUCUGGCGGAGGAUCAUGCUGUGCGGAAUAUGAUGCAUUGUGUUGUGUGUGAGGAUGAUUUGUUUUACUUUGUGCCCAACAACUACUCGGACUUGGCGAACAUAGGUCCCUUUCCAUGGCAUCUGGAAUAG